AUGGCUAUGGAAUCCCCGUUGUUACUGGACGCCAUUACAGCUUGGUCGUCAACCCACCUGUCCUUGCAGGACAAGUCCUAUGAGACGGCAGCCAUAGCGCACCGCUCUACGGCCUUGAACUCGCUCAUGACCUCACUAGGCUCAUCUAACCGAGAUCCUGAGAUGGAGCUGGCUUCAUGUCUGAUUCACUGCUCCCUAGAAAGCAUCUCAGGCGACACUGAACAAUGGUUUCGGCAUCACGUAGGUGCGUAUGAAAUGAUUCGAUCUAUGGCAGCCACUGGGGCCACUGCCGACCUUGACUUGAGGCGCUUCUCCACCACUUUCGAGGGCCGCUGGCUGCUGCGGAGCUUUGCCUAUCAUGACAUUAUGAUGGCGGUGGCCGAGGGUCGGAAGCCUUUACUUGUUUCCGGCGAAUACUGGGCCGACAUGGGGAAUGUCGGUGCCGACACUUAUUUUGGUCUGGCGUCGCGGAUCAUGUUCUUGAUAUCCGAGAUCAGUAUUCUGGACGUCGAUAUGGCGAACCCUGCCGCUGCUGAGGAAGGUCUUGAUGGCUCCUUCUCCGCCUCCGCAUUCCGGAUCGAGCAGGCUCUGAUAUCUUGGACUUGCGGCCUGUCGGACAAUGAACAGCUGGUCAAUCUUGCAGAAAUGUAUCGCAGUGCCGCUCUCAUUUAUAUCUACCGCACACUCCGCCAACACCGACCGGAAUACACCCAUGUGGUGGUCAAGAAAAUCGAACGCCAGGUUGUUGACAUUGUGCAGCGGGUCCAAUCAAUGCCAGCACGAUGCCUGGCCGAGAGUUCACUGUUAUUCCCCAUGUUCAUGGCCGGAGGCGAAGCGGAAGACCCUGGUCACGUACAGGUGAUUCGACACCGGAUGCUAGACAUCAUUAACGAGCGACAUUUCCACAACAUGGAAGUUGUGCUGAAAGUUUUGGAGGAGGUAUGGCAUUUGCGAGCAACAGGCGUUUCGAGCCCCGGGGGGCGUAAAAUCGACUGGAAAGACGUGCUUGCGAGGCGCAGAUGGAUGCUUUCGAUCACCUAG